AUCUAAGGACACAGCGACGAACUGAAACGGAAACAUUUUUUUCCCCUUCCUAUGCACUCCUCCCCCUUCUUCGUUCCUUCAAUGCAUCUCUCGUCCUAUUCUUGAUCCACGGCUUCUCUCUUUCGCUGAAGCGAGACUAAAGCAAUACGUACAUUCCCAUCACUCUGUUCGCUUUCUCCCUGUGGCUUUUGCCUGUUUUGGCUGCGAUCAUUUUCUGCUCCUCUCUCGUGGAUCCGCAUGUAUACCGAAGAACAGAUCUAAGAUUUGUUUGAUUUGGUUGGGAGGAGAUGUUGACGAAAUUCGAAACAAAGAGUAACAGAGUGAAGGGACUGAGUUUCCACACUAAGAGGCCAUGGAUUCUUGCCAGUCUUCACAGUGGUGUGAUCCAACUCUGGGACUACCGUAUGGGGACUCUGAUUGAUCGCUUCGACGAGCAUGAUGGCCCCGUGCGAGGCGUCCAUUUCCACAAAUCUCAGCCUCUUUUUGUAUCAGGAGGCGAUGACUACAAGAUCAAAGUUUGGAACUAUAAGCUGCAUAGGUGUCUCUUUACCCUUCUGGGUCACCUCGAUUACAUCCGCACGGUGCAGUUUCAUCAUGAGUACCCAUGGAUUGUGAGUGCCAGUGAUGAUCAGACGAUUCGCAUCUGGAAUUGGCAGUCUCGCACUUGCAUUUCAGUGCUGACAGGCCAUAAUCAUUAUGUUAUGUGCGCUUCAUUCCACCCUAAAGAAGAUCUUGUUGUGUCUGCUUCCCUGGAUCAGACUGUCCGUGUCUGGGACACUGCUGCUCUGAGAAAGAAAACUGUAUCUCCUGCUGAUGAUAUCCUGCGUUUGAGUCAGUUGAAUGGAGAUCUCUUUGGUGGUGUUGAUGCAGUUGUUAAGUAUGUCUUGGAAGGUCAUGACAGAGGAGUGAAUUGGGCUGCAUUCCAUCCUACUCUUCCUUUGAUUGUCUCAGGAGCAGAUGAUCGCCAAGUAAAGUUGUGGCGGAUGAAUGAUACAAAAGCAUGGGAAGUGGACACUUUGAGAGGACACAUGAACAAUGUUUCAAGUGUUAUGUUCCAUGCCAAGCAAGAUAUAAUCGUAUCUAAUUCAGAGGAUAAAAGUAUUCGAGUUUGGGAUGUCACUAAGAGAACUGGACUUCAGACUUUCCGCCGUGAGCAUGACCGCUUUUGGAUCCUUGCAGCUCACCCUGAUAUGAAUCUUCUUGCUGCUGGCCAUGACAGUGGCAUGAUAGUGUUCAAGUUGGAGAGAGAAAGGCCUGCAUUUGCUGUGAGUGGAGACUCUCUGUUUUACACAAAGGAUCGGUUUUUGAGGUUUUUUGAGUAUUCCACUCAGAGGGAAACCCAGGUGAUUCCUAUCAGGCGACCUGGUAGCACCAGCUUGAAUCAGAGUCCGAGAACUCUUUCUUACAGCCCUACUGAAAAUGCGGUUCUGUUAUGCUCAGAUGUGGAUGGAGGGUCUUAUGAGCUGUAUAUAGUACACAAGGAUACCAUGUCCAGGGGUGAUACAGUUCAGGAAGCAAAGAGAGGUGGAGGGGGUUCAGCUGUAUUCAUUGCAAGAAACAGGUUUGCUGUGCUUGACAAAAGUACCAAUCAAGUGUUGGUCAAGAACCUAAAGAAUGAGGUGGUCAAAAAGAGUGGCCUUCCCAUUGCUACAGAUGCUAUUUUCUAUGCCGGAACUGGUAAUGUGCUUUGCAGGGCUGAAGAUAGAGUUGUCAUAUUUGAUCUUCAGCAGAGACUUGUAAUUGGGGAGCUUCCUACACCUUUUGUGAAGUACGUCGUUUGGUCUAAUGAAAUGGAUUCUGUUGCCUUGUUGAGCAAGCAUGCUAUUGUUAUUGCAAAUAAGAAGCUUGCGCAUCAAUGCACCCUUCAUGAAACAAUCCGCGUGAAGAGUGGAGCCUGGGAUGACAAUGGUGUUUUCAUAUACUCUACUCUAAAUCAUAUGAAAUACUGCCUUCCGAAUGGAGAUAGUGGCAUAAUCAAAACCCUUGAGGUCCCAAUAUACAUCACUAAGAUUUCUGGGAAUACAAUCUUUUGCCUGGAUAGGGAUGGAAAGAAUAGGGCUAUGAUCAUUGAUGCAACAGAGUACAUGUUUAAACUCUCUCUUCUGAAGAAGAGAUUUGAUCACGUCAUGAGCAUGAUCAGAAACUCGCAGCUUUGCGGUCAGGCAAUGAUUGCUUAUCUGCAGCAGAAGGGAUUCCCUGAAGUUGCUUUGCAUUUUGUCAAGGAUGAAAGAACGAGAUUCAAUUUGGCUCUUGAGAGCGGGAACAUCCAAAUCGCUGUUGCUUCAGCUAAGGAAAUCGACGAGAAAGAGCAUUGGUACAGGCUCGGAGUGGAAGCCCUUCGCCAGGGCAAUGCAGGUAUCGUUGAAUAUGCAUAUCAGCGAACAAAGAAUUUCGAGCGGUUGUCUUUCUUGUAUCUGAUUACUGGAAACCUAGACAAGCUGUCAAAGAUGUUGAAAAUUGCUGAGGUCAAGAAUGAUGUCAUGGGCCAGUUUCAUAACGCCCUGUACUUAGGUGACAUCCAGGAGCGAGUAAAGAUACUGGAAAACACUGGUCAUAUCCCCCUGGCAUACAUCACGGCUAAAGUCCAUGGUCUGGAGGAAGUAGCUGAGCGCCUAGCUGCUGAUUUGGGAGAUAACAUUCCAUCUUUGCCAGAGGGUAAAGUGCCAUCCCUUCUCAUGCCUCCAUCCCCCAUAUCAUGUUCUGGUGAUUGGCCUCUUCUGAGAGUUAUGAGAGGUAUAUUCGAAGGUGGCCUAGAGAAUAUGGCUAGAGGGACAGCAGAGGAUGAUGAGGAAGCGGCUGAUGGUGAUUGGGGCGAGGAACUUGAAAUGGUUGAUGCGGAGGACUUCCAGAACGGUGAUGUUACUGCUGUUUUGGAGGGCGCUGAAGCGGAAGGAGACAAUGAUGAGGAAGGAGGAUGGGACCUUGAGGACUUGGAUCUUCCUCAAGAAGCAGAUACCCCUAGAGCUUCUCUCGCUACUCGCUCUACAGUUUUCGUGGCUCCAUCUCCUGGAAUGCCUGUGAGCCAGAUAUGGAUCCAGAAGUCAUCACUUGCUGCUGAACAUGUGGCAGCUGGCAAUUUUGACACCGCUAUGAGAUUGCUCCAUAGGCAACUCGGAAUAAAAAAUUUCUCUCCGUUGAAAUCCAUGUUCCUCGAUCUUCACUCCGGAAGCCAGACGUAUCUACGUGCGGUCUCGGCUACUUCUGUCAUAUCGCUGGCUGUUGAACGGUGGAACGAGUCGGGAGCCCCCAACGUACGGGCACCUCCAGCACUCGUAUUCAGUUUUAGUCAGUUGGAAGAGAAGCUCAAGGCUGGUUACAAAGCCACCACAGCUGGGAAGUUCACCGAAGCUCUGAAACUCUUCAUCGGUAUUCUUCAUACGAUCCCUCUCAUUGUCGUGGAGACAAGGAGAGAGGUCGAUGAGGUCAAAGAGUUGAUCAUCAUAGUGAAGGAAUACGUUCAGGGGCUACAGAUGGAACUCAAGAGAAGGGAAAUGAAGAGCGACCCGGUUCGUCAGCAGGAACUUGCCGCCUACUUCACACAUUGCAACCUUCAAACCCCUCACCUGAGACUGGCCUUGCUCAAUGCAAUGACUAUCUGCUACAAAGCCAAGAACUUCGUCACUGCUGCUAACUUUGCCAGGCGUCUGUUGGAGACUAACCCGCAGGUUGAGAAUCAAGCGAAGACGGCCAGACAAGUGCUUCAGGCUUCGGAGAGGAACAUGACGGAUGCUACUCAACUGAGCUACGAUUUCCGGAACCCGUUUGUGGUGUGUGGUGCUACUUAUGUUCCCAUAUACAGAGGACAAAAGGACGUUUCUUGCCCUUAUUGCUCUGCCCGGUUUGUUCCAGCCCAAGAGGCGCAGAUAUGUGCAGUCUGUGAUCUUGCUGUUGUUGGGGCUGAUGCUUCCGGCUUGCUGUGUUCAUCUUCUCAGAUCCGGUAAUGAAAACUCUUCUCGUCACCAAUGAUAAGCCUUCUGGGCCAGCUUUUGAUCAACUGCCUGAAUCGAUGAAUUGGCAAGUUGCUUUCGAAAUUGGAUGGUAAUAACGGAACCGAAUUUUGAGUCGUUAAGAGAGACGGUUGCUGCUUGAAGAGUGAAGACUGUUGACAGAGAGGGAUUUGCACACUUCGGUUUGAUUCUUUGUGAUAAUUUUUCAGGUGAUUGGGUUGUUAAUAGGACGGAAAAGAAUACACAUUGAUGAUAUUCUGCAAACGGUGUUAUAACUUUUAUAUUAGCGUUGUUAAGAACUGGUGCCAACUAAUAAAAUCUCGGCGCCUCCGCUAACCAUGUAUUAGGACCAGAAACAGCGCAGGAGAUUGAUGAUAAAGAGGAACAAAGGGUUGCCUCGAACCAGCAACUCGGGCCGGACGAAGCGGCUCAACCGGUCCAGGUUUCUCGGAAGCAAAUGGCUGUAGUGCAGCAGCGUCGUGAUGGAGCAAACCGGUCUGCACACCAGCGGUUCGAGCCCUCCGGCUAGUGUCCUCAACACCAAUGGCCCCGCAAUAGACUUCAAAGCCAAAAGAAAGGAACGAAACGUUACUACAUAAGCAACCAAGCCAUAAUCUCAAAUUCUGUAUCUCGAACGACAUGGUGAGAGACCAACUAAGUCGAUAUUCAUAGACAAAAAGGGAUGCCAAUUCGUGCAUUGCAUCCAACGUGAACGCCUAGGUUACGAUGCUACUAUUAGUCUACUCCAUCCUCACCCCCUAUAAGCCGGCUAGUAGCGAAUUGUACACGUAAUCG